UUGUGUGUGACAGCUAUGCUGAAUCUGAAAUUCAAUUUAUCCAGAGAAUUAUCAAAGAGAUAUUAGGUACUGAAUUGAAUCGCACACAGUUAUUUGUUACUAAACAUCCAGUUGGAAUAGAUUCUCGUGUGGAUGCUAUAGAAUUGCUUCUAGAUAUGAAGUCAAAUGAUGUUCGCAUGGUAGGGAUUCAUGGUCUUGGAGGAAUAGGUAAGACUACAAUUGCAAAGGCUAUUUAUAACAAAAUCGCUAAUUGUUUUGAAUUGAGUUGCUUUCUAGAGGAUGUCAGAGAAAAGUGUGGAACAUAUGAUGGCAUAAUCAAACUACAAGAGAUGCUUCUUUCUAACAUAUCACAGGGCACAUAUGUAAAGGUAGACAGUGUACCCAAAGGAAUUAUUAUGAUAAAGAAAAGGCUUUGUCAUACAAGACUUCUUUUAAUUCUUGACAAUGUCGAUGAGUCAGAAAUGAUAGUAAAUUUGCUUGGAGAAUGUAAUUGGUUUGCUUUAGGAAGUAGAGUCAUUAUAACAACAAGAGACAAACAAGUGCUAACCACUCUUGGAAAAGAUCAUCAAAUUUAUGAGCUUAAGGAAUUGAAUCAAUCUGAAUCUCCUGAACUCUUCAACCUAUAUGCCUUCCAAAAAAUUGAACCUGAGAAAGAUUAUUUAGAAGUUGCAAAGCAAAUCAUACAUUACGCCAAUGGCCUUCCAUUAGCUCUUAAAAUAAUAGGUUCUGAUUUGUGUGGAAAAAGUGUAUGUGAAUGGAAAAGUGCAUUAGAAAAGUAUAAAAACAUCCCUCACGAAAAAAUUCAAGAAAAGCUCAAAAUAAGUUAUGACGGACUUGGAAAGACUGAAAAGGAUAUUUUUCUAGAUAUUGCAUGUUUCUUUAAGGGAUUCAAUAGGAGUUAUGUAGAGAGUAUAUUAGAAGCUUGCAAAUUAUAUCCGGGUUAUGGAAUUGGAAAACUUAUUGAUAAGUGUCUCAUAACUGUUGGUCAAUCUGGAAAUUUGUGGAUGCAUGACUUGCUUCAACAAAUGGGGAGAGAAAUUGUUCAACAAGAAUCAGAAGAGCUUGGAAAACAUAGUAGGGUAUGGUGUUUUGAGGAUGCUUAUGAAAUACUGACUACAAAUAUGGGAUCAAGUAAAAUUCGGGGCAUUAAGUGCUACUCACCUCAGCUGAUAACGAUGCCAAUAGAGGCUAAAGCUUUUGAAAAGAUGAAAUAUCUCAAAUUUCUUAUGGUUCAUAAUGUACGCAUUUGUGAAGAACUGACAUAUCUCCCUAACGGGUUAACUUUACUUCAAUGGCUUGAAUUUCCAUUUUCCUUGCCAUCCAAAUAUUAUCCUCAACAACUUGUUGCACUUGAGAUGCCAAGUAGUCAUAUUAGAUUGGAGACAACAUUCAAAUUGGGAAUCCAGUUAAAAUAUUUAAAAUAUAUUGAUUUCAACAGGUGUGAGUUCAUUACAGAAUUACCUGAGUUGUGUGCCCCAAACCUAGAAAAAAUGGAUCUUUCCUAUUGUCAGAAUUUAGUUAAGGUUCAUGAGUCUGUUGGAUUUCUUGAUAAGCUUAAGAUAUGGAAACUCCAAGGUUGUGGAAAACUUCAAAUUCUUCCAGACAACCUAAGGUUAAAAUCUCUUGAGGAGUUUCUUCUUAUAGACUGCUUAAGGCUUGAGAAGUUUCCUAAUAUUGAUCCAGAAAUGAAAUGUUUAAGGCAAUUAUAUUUACGUGGGACUGGUAUUCGAGAGUUGCCUUCAUCAAUCAAGUACCUCACUAGGCUUUGUAACUUAGACUUAAACGAUUGCAAAAACCUUAGUUAUCUUCCAGAUAACAUUUAUAAAUUACAACUUCUUACUAUACUAGGUAUUCACACUGCCAAAUUGAGACAGACGUCCGAUUAUUUGGAUGGCCUUUCGAGAAUUGGGUUUUUGAUGUUGGAUUUCUUGAGUUUCAGGGGCAAUAAAAAUAUAAUUGAAUUAGAUUUUUUGAUGAAACCCGAGUACUUCCCCGUAUUGAAAGAUCUAGAUCUAAGUGCAACUAAUAUUGUUAGCAUCCCAGAAAGCCUUGGCAGAUUUACUACAUUAGAGUACCUUGAUAUAAGACGUUGCAAGCAGCUUCGGGAAAUUCCAAGGCUUCCACAAUCUGUACAAAAUGUGGAUGUAAGCAAUAGCUGUUCGUUGAAUCCACAAUCCUCAAGCAGAUUAUUGAAUCAGAUUGGAGAGUUUUUAGGGAUUUUUCCAAAUAAAGGUUGCAAGGGAACAAGAAGCAGGAUAUUAACGGAUCCACAAACAUCAUCAACCGAAAUAUUGGAUAAGGUUCGUCACUAUCGCUCGUUUUUGCCUGACAUGGACUCUAAACCUGAAGAUGAUGAAUUUAUAAUUAGACUACCAGGAACUGAGAUUCCAAAGUGGUUGAACUUAAACCAUGAGAGUGAUGGAAAUGUCAUAUCAUUCUGGGUUGGUCGCACAUUUCCAAAUAUUUUUGAUGUUUGUUUUGCUUUUGGACCGGUGAAAUAUCCAUGGAUGUCUUCCUGUUAUGUUGACCUUUCCAUCAAUGGCUGUAAAAAAGAGAACCUUAGUUCAACUCCUACAAGUGAAUUCUCCGACCAUCUGUGGAUAUUUUCUUUAUCUAAUAACAAAAUGCAGAACCGAUUGAAUAAGUCAAACCCAUCUGAACAAAAUUACGUUGAGGUAACAUGUGAAAUGGAGGAUUGGGUUAAAAACCGUCCACGAAGGUGGGGGGUCCGUGUAGAGUGCAUCUGUUGUUCCCAAAAAUCUAAUGUUUUUCAGUUGCCGAGUCCAAGUUGUGGCACUGAUAUGGAUCAAUGGGCUUUCAAUAAUGGAGGAGAUUCUAGACAUCAGCCAAGAAGAAACCAUCGACCACCACCCUAUGCUAGACGUCCCCAAAAACACUACCUGUCCCACUUCGGAUGGCUUCGAAUCCGAUAUCGUCUCUGGAAACGGAGCUCUCGUCCAACCCGAAUUCCAACUACAACGCUCAAGUCCAGGGCUCUAAUAAGGGAAUUGGAAGAGAUAGAUCCCAGGUCUUUCAACAAUGGAGAAGAAGAUUCAGGGCUUUCAAUGGCCCACACUUUUGUCGAUGAUUGUUCCAACUCCAAGUUGUGUCCACCAUCAAAGUGGACAAGAAAAUCUUGAUUGAAUUCGAUGCCAAGUUAUGUUCAUAAGCUAGGAAGCACAGACAUGGACACAGGUACGACAUGGCGACAUGAACAAUUUCUGAAAAAUUAUAAUAUGAAACAGCUGGUAUGACACCGGUAUGACAUAGGCACGACGCGGAUACAACAUGGGUACGGCAUCCUAAAUGAAGUAUCCAUACUUCCUAUGUCAUAAGUAAAGUCCAAUCCUCACCCUACUUCUACAUUUAAAUGAGCAUAAAAUACAAUAUGUCUCUUGUAACUGAUGUGAUAAAAAAAAGGCUGUUAUCUGUAACAUGAAAAUAAAUAUUCCUUGACUUUGACAAGGCACAAAUUUAUUAGGUAAAAACUGGGAAUGUUGACCCUUAUCAUGGCAUGGAGUAUAUGUUUUCUAAGUUUUUGAAAUUACUUUUCCUACAUCCAGGCUUGGGCCAGGGCUGGUGAUACCGCAGUGAGGUAAUUGCUUUAAAAAAUGAUGCAAUGUGCAAGCAAUGCUUAUCUUGACAUCUAAGAAAGGUAUAAUUUGAUUUGCUGUUGGAAUUUGUCAUUAAAUUUUCACAUCAUGGGUCAUCCCUGGUUAUGCGUUUGACAGCCACUAUUUUAAUAAUGUAAUGGACUUAAUUAUUAGCUUAAUUGGCCACAAACAGACACAUAGUGAGUGUUUGCUUUGGACGUUUUGUUGCUGAAACGCGUUUGCGUUUUGGGCAUGGGACCCACGCUACAGUAAACGCGUCCCUUUUUUUUUUUUUUUUUUUUGUUUUCUCGCGUUUCAGAGUAAUCGGCUAUUGUUCAGCCGCAUAUGUUGACUUUGUUCACUGUGAACAGUGCAUUUAUGUACUGUUCACGGACCCACAAAUUCCACUUUUCACAAUUUUUUCAUUAAAAAUGGGUCCCAUAGCACUAUUCACACAUUUAAAAAAUAUUUCGCUACAGUGUUUUCAGUUUCAG